CAUUCGAAAAGGACUCCAAUAUCAAACAAAUUUUCUAAAGUUUGCUGGAUUUCUCCCAGUUACUUCAGACAAAGUCGAAAACUUUAAAUUAAAAACUCAAAUCCUUCAUUGGACAUCAUUGUUAAUAUUUGCAGUACACAAUUCUUUGAUGUUGUUUUGUACAAUCCUCUGUGGUUUUUAUAUUCAAUGGAUUGAAAGUGAUAGUUAUACUUUUAUUGGGGCAAACUUUGAGUGGUUCGUGUUUACAUUUUCCGGAUUUUUCGAAAUAAUCGUGAAUAUUUUCAUGUUUGCCUGCAGAAAACAUUAUCUGAGUGUUAUUCAAAGUGUCACACGAAUUGAAAGCAAAUACAUUCGAAAAGAGGAUAUAACUUCUGAUAAAUCCUUGAAAUUAUUAAAAGUGAACGUUAUCGUUUGUGUUGUAUCUAUUAUUAAUUCACUAAUGCUCUUUAACAGAAUUGGAUACUGGAGCGAGUUGAAUACAUUUACACCCUUUAUGAUUUAUAAUUUACAAACCAUGUUUACUGGAUUAAUUACAACAUUUUACUCAACAUUAGUUGUCAUCUGCAAGGAAACUAUUGUGGCUAUCAAUAAAAAAUUAGAGAGUGAAGUUGUGACAAAUAUUUUUGAAAUCAAACAAAUGCUAAAAGAUCGAGAUGAAAUAAAGAGAAUAUGUCAAAUUCAAAUAAGUUGGAUGUACGGUAUACCGUUGUUGUAUGUGUUGCUUACUGUCUUAAGUAUUGCACCAACUGGACCGUUCUUUGCGAUAAAUGAAUUGGAAAUUUUAGUGAAAGAUUUAUUAAGUAUUAUAGUUGUAUGGUCCGUUUUAAGUUCGUCUAUAAUGUGGAUAGCUCCAUCUAUAAUUUUUCCUGUCAUGAUCCUGAAACAGGAUCCUUCGGAAGAGGCGAACAAAACAGCAAGAAUCCUUUCGAGAAUAUCUAGACGUGGAACUGGGAUAGAUAAAAUGGUUGAUAAAUUUCUUAUCAAGAACAUGCAACAGAAACCAAUAUUGACAGCUUAUGGAUUUUUCCCACUCAAUAAACGGACACUUUUUAACAUAUUUGCAGCAAUUUUCACAUACAUGGUUAUUCUAAUACAAUUUAAAGAUAUGGAAAAUACAAAUAAGCUUCUUGCAAGUCCGAAAACAACAACAGAAGUUUCUCAAAUUUCAAUUACUUAAAAUUAAAUUACUUCUUCCUUUUUCCUUUAUUCGGCGCUGUUAUAAUCUCGAUGUCAAGGAGAAGGAAUCAGUGCUCCUACGUAUCUACUUCA